AUGUCCUUCUACCCGCCGGGAUGGGACUACAAUCGGGUCUUAAAUGCAUCUGAUGAUGAGAUUAUGGGCUUAACAGACGAACAACAUACAACGAUGUUCAAUGGUCUCAGCGAAGCUGGUCUUUUUGACUAUGUGAUGGAGAGGCUCGGGCUGCUGCGGAUGCCCAAAAACCAGAAAGAUGAAAAGCUAGCGCAGCGAGAGGGUUUUUCUCCCUACCUAGAUAGCUUAAAAAAUGGUUUCAAGUUCUCUGAUCAAUGGUCCGCUUGGGGGUUUGUUAUAUUCCGCACUUGCUAUUAUGGACCAACUCAUGAAGCUCUUUGGGCCGAAUUUCGCGAUCGCUGGGACCUGAUUAUGCAGCAGGAAAUUGCGGAGUAUCACAAUUACCAUCCUAAACUGGAUCGAGCGAUCGAAUUGCGGAAGAACCGCUGGGUAGAAGAUCCUACUUUGGAUGGCGCCUCGCCUCAAGAGGUUUCGCGGCGCUUUGAUGAGAUGUGGCCAAAUCUCUCUCGUGGAUAUGCCACUUCUAUCUGCCUCAUGGUCACGCCGGACUCUUUGGAAUCGAUUCUGAACUCGCCUCUUCCGUCUUCAGCCCCUCAACUUAAUCUCAAUGUGAUCAACAAGUGCAGAGCUCCAAAAAUAUAG